CCGCCUGCAACAGGUUCCUGGGCACGCGAGGCCGCCGCACUCCUCCAGGCCCCGGCCGUUGGUCUCCGCCUCGGUCCCGGGUGGUGGGAGCCGGCGCCACCCGCCUCAAUGCGGUUCGGGGCGAAGAUGAUGCCGAUGUUUCUUACAGUGUACCUCAGUAACAAUGAACAACACUUUACUGAGGUGCCGGUCACCCCUGAAACCACUUGCAGAGAUGUUGUGGAUCUGUGCAAAGAGCCUGGUGAGACUGAAUGCCACCUGGCUGAAGUGUGGUGUGGCUCUGAACGCCCUGUAGCUGACAAUGAGCGCAUGCUGGAUCUUCUGCAACGCUGUGGAGUCCAGAGAAGCGAAGUUCGGUUCUUUCUCAGGCAUGAACGGCCCCCUAAUCGGGAAACUGGGAGUGGACCAAGAUUACAAGAUCCAGGCAUGAAGAGAAAUGGUGUGAAAAUGCCUGGUGAAUGGAGAAUGGAAAACGGAGUCAGUGCUCCUAGGAUGGAUAUGACCCUGGCUGAACUGCAGGAAAUGGCAUCACGACAGCAACAACAAAUUGAAGCGCAUCAGCAAAUGCUGGCUAAUAAGGAGCAGAGGUUAAAAUUCUUGAAGCAGCAGGAUCAACGGCAGCAACAGCAAGCAGCAGAGCAGGAAAAACUCAAAAGAUUAAAAGAAAUUGCCGAAAAUCAGGAAGCCAAGUUGAAGAAAGUGAGAGCGCUCAAAGGUCACGUGGAGCAGAAAAGGCUCAGUAAUGGGAAAUUAGUGGAGGAGAUUGAACAAAUGAACAGUUUGUUCCAGCAAAAACAACGAGAACUGGUACUGGCUGUGUCAAAGGUAGAGGAACUGACCAGACAACUGGAGAUGCUGAAGAAUGGUCGGAUUGAUGGUUACCAUGACAACCAGUCUGCUGUAGCUGAGUUGGACCGCCUGUACAAGGAGCUUCAGUUGAGGAACAAACUGAACCAAGAGCAGAAUGCCAAGUUGCAGCAACAGAGGGACUGUUUAAACAAACGCAACUCAGAGGUGGCAGUAAUGGACAAGCGUGUUAAUGAGCUGAGGGAACGGCUGUGGAAGAAGAAGGCUGCAUUACAGCAGAAAGAGAAUGUACCAGUGUCUUCAGAUGGGAAUCAGCCACAGCCAGUGGUGUCUACUCCAAGUCGAGUGGCAGCUGUUGGUCCUUACAUCCAGUCUUCCACCAUGCCACGCAUUGCCUCAAGGAAUGAGCUUCUAGUCAAACCUCCCUUUCCAGAUGGAACUGCAACCUUACAAGUUCCUGAUGGCCCGCUGAAAACCCAAACCCUACCGAAUAUGAGAGGAGGGUUUCUUUCACAAAUGAAGGCUCCCAGUGGUUCUGCUUCUGCUGGUUCAAAGCCUCCACUGGCUGUUAAUGACUGGAAUAAUCCAAGCACUGACAACUUUAUUAACCAGGCGCCACCUUUGUCAAUAGCAAAAGCCAAUGGUAACAAUGAAGGGCAGGCUGGUGAGGGUGACAUUCCUGUUAGAGAGAAGAAAGUACGGCCCUUUUCCAUGUUCGAUUCUGUUGACUCAAAUGGAGGUACUGGAAUGCCUGCAACAGGUACACUGAGAAAAAAUCAGAGUAGCGAAGACCUCUUGCGGGAUGGCCAGACGGGUUCUAAAAAUGUGGCAAAAGUACCACCACCUGUUCCUACCAAGCCAAAACAGAUCAAUUUACCUUAUUUUGGUCAAGCCAGUCAGCUUCCAUCCCCGGAUAUUAAGCCUGAUGGUAAUGUCCAGAAACUGCCCCUGGUGACUGCAACUGUGGGAAGCAAGCAGAAGCUGCCGACGCCACCUGCCCCUCAGCAGAUCCAGCAAAGAAUCUCUGUGUCCCCAAGUGGUCCGCCUCCUAAUCAGGACCAGACUCUUCCCAAACAAGAGAUGCCUCCUGCCGCAGCUGUGAGACCUUUCACCCCUCAGCCAGCCAAAGAGGCUCCUCCACCCCCCUUUCGAAAGCCACAGACUGUGGCUGCGAGUUCAAUAUACAGCAUGUAUACAAAGCAGCAGACCCCUGGGAAGAACUUUCAGCAGGCAGUGCAGAGUGCUUUGACGAGGGCUCACACCAGAGGGCCACAUUUUCCAAGCGUAUACGGAAAGCCAGUUAUUGCUGGAGCUGCUCCCCCAAAUCAACAGCAUCAGUCAGAGAAUAUUUAUUCAAGCGCCCAAGGCAAGCCAGCCAGUCCAGAACCUGAACUGGAGACUACAGCUUCGGCCAGUGAAAAUAAUGAAACUGAACGCAUUCCUCGUCCACUCAGUCCUACCAAACUGUUGCCUUUCUUGUCAAAUCCUUACAGAAAUCAAAGUGAUGCAGAUCUGGAGGCCCUUCGGAAGAAGUUAUCUAACGCUCCAAGGCCACUGAAGAAACGUAGCUCCAUUACUGAACCAGAGGGUCCCAAUGGGCCUAAUAUUCAGAAGCUCUUGUACCAGAGAACAACGCUAGCUGCUAUGGAGACGAUCUCAGCUCCAUCAUACCCUUCAAAGCAGACUUCAGUGGCUGUUGCUGAGAGCUCAGCAGAAAUUCCAAACCCUUACCUAUGCACAGAGGUGGACAAAGAAACGGUUCCUACUUCACUUGAGCCUGCUGUUGAGGAGGAGGCAGAAAGCACAAGUACUGAUCAGACUGUAGGGCCUGUGCCUUUGUUAGGACUAGAGAGUGUUCCUGAAGGAAUAUCGGACAACACCUCAAUCACUCAGUCUGACAUGGAAGAACCAAGCCUUGAGGUGCCCUUGCCCAUGGAAGUGUAUAUGGAGGAAUACCCUCCCUAUCCACCUCCACCAUACCCUUCAGGAGAAGCAGAGAGUUUGGGAGAGGACUUGUUCAGUAUGCGACCUCCUGAAGUUACUGGACAAUUUUCUUUGCCACCUGGAAAGAGGACAAACUUGCGUAAAGUCGGCUCAGACAGGAUUUCCCAUGGAAUGCGAGUGAAAUUCAAUCCUCUUGCUUUGCUUCUAGAUUCUUCCCUCGAGGGAGAAUUUGACCUUGUACAGAGAAUCAUUUAUGAGGUUGAAGAUCCUAGCUUGCCCAAUGAUGAGGGUAUCACUGCGCUUCACAAUGCUGUGUGUGCCGGUCACACAGAGAUAGUGAAAUUCCUCGUACAGUUUGGUGUAAACGUAAAUGCUGCAGAUAGUGAUGGAUGGACACCACUGCAUUGUGCAGCAUCUUGCAAUAAUGUCCAAGUGUGUAAAUUCCUGGUGGAGUCAGGUGCUGCGGUGUUUGCUACAACCUAUAGUGACAUGCAGACUGCGGCGGACAAGUGCGAAGAAAUGGAAGAAGGUUACACGCAGUGUUCUCAGUUUCUCUAUGGAGUGCAAGAGAAGAUGGGAAUAAUGAACAAGGGAGUGGUCUAUGCUCUCUGGGAUUAUGAUGCUCAGAAUGAUGACGAAUUGUCCAUGAAAGGAGGUGAUUGCAUGACAGUACUUCGCCGGGAAGAUGAAGAAGAAAUUGAGUGGUGGUGGGCACAGCUAAAUGACAAGGAAGGAUACGUGCCACGUAAUCUACUUGGGCUCUACCCAAGGAUUAAGCCGAGGCAAAGGAGCUUGGCGUGAAAACCUUUGAAGCGAUUUUAUGAAGUACCAGUUGCAGGAUGAGUCUAUUUUUUUCUAUAGAAAGAAUGCAUUCUUUUUGUGUUUGGGCCAAUUUCAUGAGACUCGUUUCAUGGACAAUGUGAUGUGAAAGCAGUAUUGAAUAUGCUUUGAAAACAGAUGAAGGAUGGGUCGUGUUCACAAAUGAUGGAAGAUGUUCCCCAAUUUGGAAUGCUCCUUACUAGCAAAUGGACUUGUGUC